GCCCGUGACGCACGCUCCGUGUCGGCACUCCGUGGUGACUCCCCUCACUGGCCGCUGCCAGACAUCUCUCCCCUCACCCACUGAACAACUUACAUGUAUGGAAAUUUGCGAGUGCUGUAGACAUGGGGUGAAGACGACUGAUGUGCGAAUAAUUUAAUUACGGAUAAUUUAAAAUAAAAUUGUGUUUUGAAAAACGGAUUUCUGGCAUUAUACACAGAAAUUGUAUAUUCACUUUGAAAAGUAGUAAUUGUGUAUUUAAUAGAUUUUUGUACUGGAUUAGUAUUUUAGUGAGAAAAAAAUCUAGCAAUAGUUUUAUGUCUAAAAUUGACCUUAUAGAAUAAAAGGUUAGCUGGUGAUAAUGCUUCACAGGUUAGCAAGCACGCUAACCCUCUCUUCGUGAAGUCUUGACGAGCUUCUCAUUACCAGUAACUGCCCGCUGGAUAACGCACCAUCUUUAUGGAUAACUUUGCGUAAUCGUGAAAGUAUGAUCGUAGCUUUAAUUUUUUUUAUCCGAUUUUAAAUCCAUUGUCCGUAAAGUGUAAGUUAUAAGAGUGUGCUGUAACUUCACACCUUUAAUACUUGGUGGUCAGUGGAAUACAUCAUAAAACACCUGGUGGUCAGUGGAAUACAUCAUAAAACACCUGGUGGUCAGUGGAAUACAUCAUAAAACACCUGGUGGUCAGUGGAAUACAUCAUAAAACACCUUGUGGCCAGUGGAAUACAUCAUUAAACACCUGGUGGUCAGUGGAAUACAUCAUAAAAACACCUGGUGGUCAGUGGAAUACAUCAUAAAACACCUGGUGGUCAGUGGAAUACGUCAUAAAACACCUGGUGGUCAGUGAAAUACAUCAUUAAACACCUGGUGGCCAGUGGAAUACAUCAUUAAACACCUGGUGGCCAGUAGAUUACAUAUGCCACAAGGAUCUUAUCAUUAAACUUUCCAGACUUUGUCAGGGAAUUUCUUUAACAAAAAUAUUGAAAUUUUGGAAUUUUGUGGUAUUAUGCUCUUAUGAAAGCCUAAUUAUGAAAGUUAAAUCCCUUUUGCAGGAUUUAUUAGUGCCGUUACGGGAGGCCAACCGUUGUGUAUGAUUCAGUUAAGAGAUGUGAACAAGACACGUGAGUGAAUCGACGAGCGAGAAAGUGAACCUUCACGUUGUGCUCUCCGAGAAAUGGGAGAGAGUCGCACCUCACAAGAAAGGUGCUAACGUCUGCCAGAGAAACCUGGAGAAUUUAAAUAAGAAAUGGCGGCGACCUUCCUUAAUUACCUGGAACUGCCAGCUCAUUAUAGAAUGUCCUCCAGCGGCAAUUAGCUCAUGAACAAAUAUACGUUAAGCGAACCAAAGUACGGAAAUCUGCGAGCGUGGACUUAAGGUAAUUGUUGGCGAGGCUACGCUGGCUAGUGGCAGGCAGACUUGACUGCUAGGGUGUUGCUGCAGCAGCGCCAGUAAUCCCACUCAUUAGCCUUCAAGACUCUUGCGUAGAUUUAGUCAGCUACUGUAACCUCAUUUCCAAUAAAUAAUUUGAUAACGAAGAUAAAAUGUGUUGAAUGUAAGGAAAUAAUCAUUCGUGCCACAUUUAAGAUCUUUUACUAAACAUUGUAAAAAUCAUCACUCACUGGCUGUAUAAAUGUGCCCCAGUCAUAUAUGAAUCUCCAUGAGUAAUAUGUAAACCUCCAUCAGCCAUAUGUAAUGAACCUCUCCCAUCCAGCUUCGCCACCAAGUCAAUUGUAUAAACCUGACAGAACCAUCUAUAUACACCAUUCUAAGCCAGUUGUAUGAUCCUUACUCAGACACGUACAAGGACCUCUUCAAUUCAUCGAGCGAUGCUCCAGGAGACACCCCCAGCCAUCUCCUCUCUCCACGGGUGCAAUAAGUCUGGAAUCUGGACUCUGGUCGUUGAGUCCUGGAAAGCUUUGGGGAUCCAGAAGGAACGGUCGCCUGCAAGUUUUCAAGAAAUUAGAUCUUUAUUUUUACAAGCUAACUUUUAAAAAUUACAGCUAUUCUUUCGAAAGUGGGGGACCUUAUCGCAGUGAUCUCGAUUUAAAACUGCCGUUUAUCUUUGUAUUUGAUAGGUGGAAAGAGGCAGAGUAAAGGCGAGGGAGCAGGUUGUGAGGGGAGGUAUUCCUUGUGGAGCGUGUUCAUCGACACCGGUUGAAAAACCGGGUAUUUAUUGACGUAAAUGUCUGUAGCUCUUAGAAAAGAAGUCUUAGACAUUGUUACCAAUAAGAGAAGAUCUUAGACUACCAAGAAGAUAAGUUAAUUUUCAUUUGUGGACAUACGUGUUGAGAAGUUUAUAUAGGCUUUAUAUAUACUAAUCUCUCUCUAUAUAUAUAUUAUAUGUGGGUGUGUUUGUGUGGUGUAUAUAUAUAUACUGUAUAUUAUAUAUAUAUUUGUUGUUUGGUUGUCAUGAAUCUCUGGAAGAACUUCAGGGAAAUAAAUAUCACCUUUAAGCGAGUGGUCUGUGGAAAGUAUUGGACAUUUGAAGGGAAGAAGUUUCUCAUCGGAUACAUCUAGUUUAUUGAAAAUAAAGUUUUGUGGAAAAAGCUUUGCUUUUGUAAAACAUUAACUGAAGUGUCGGAUUAACGAAGAGUAUUAUUGCGCGUAAGUGGUUGACCUUGGAAAGAAAGGGAUUCAGAGCAACAUCGUUCGACGUCCACUUAACUAGAGAUCGCUUUCCCAUCUUCAAGUGCGCUUUCCCAUCUUCAAGUGGAGAUAGACAGACCUACACGUACCAACAAGACCAGAACUGCACCAGCUAGAGACCCGGGAAGAGAGGUCGAGGCUCACCCUCCUGGCUCUACGAUGAGGAGAGUGAGCAGAGGUUGUGGUGGUGAGGUGCUCCUCUUGAUGAUGCGCAAGAUGAUGGCACUGGUGAUGAUGGCGCUGCUGGUGAUGACGCUGGUGUGUCUCCCUCAAGCGCCCGUGGUCGCCAGGGUAGAAGACCGCGACUACUGGUACGCCCAGGCCAAGAGCCACCUGGAAGACAUCGUAGCGGCGAGGCGCGCCUCUCAAGGCUACGCCAAGAACGUCAUCCUCUUCGUGGGUGACGGUAUGGGCGUCUCCACCGUCACCGCCGGCCGCAUCCUCAAGGGGCAGAGGGAGGGCCAGAGCGGUGAGGAGUACCGCCUCUCCUUCGAGAAGUUCCCUUACGUCGCCCUCGCAAAGACGUACAACAUCGACGCCCAGAUCGGGGACUCUUCGGCGUGCGCGACGGCGCUCUUGUGCGGUGUGAAGGCCAACGUGAACACGCUGGGCCUCGACCAUAGGGGCAAGUUCGAGGACUGCAUGUCCUCCUACACCGCCGGCGUCACCUCCAUCAUCGACUGGGCUCAGAAGCACGGGAAGAGCACGGGGAUCGUGACCAACACGAGGAUCACCCACGGGACGCCCUCGGCCCUCUACGCCCGCAGCCCCUCCAGGUACUGGGAGGACGACGCCAAGAUCCCCGCCCACUCCCACGCCUCCUGCAAGGACAUCGCCAGGCAGCUCAUUGAAAACGAGCCAGGGAAAAAUAUCAAUGUGCUGAUGGGCGGGGGUCGUCGCCACCUGAUCCCCACGACGGUGUACGACCGAGAGGAGAGGAACCAGCGCGGGAGAAGGACGGAUGGGAGGAACCUGCUUGACGAGUGGGUCCACGACAAGAAGACUCGAGACCUCAACGCCGAGUACGUCUGGAACAAGGCCCAGUUCGACAAGGUUGAUCCCAGGCACACGGACUAUCUGCUGGGUGUCUUCGGGUACUCCCACCUAGACUUCGAAGUGGACCGCAACAAGGGCCCUACAGGAGAUCCAUCUCUGGCAGAGAUGACCGUGAAGGCCAUCCAGAUCCUACGGAAGAACCCACAUGGCUUCUUCCUCAUGGUCGAAGCGGGACGCUUGGAUCACGCCCACCACUACAACAUGGCGGCGCGAGCCCUGGACGAAGUCAUACGCCUGGAUGAGUGCGUACAAGCCUCCAUGAAACUGACAGACGCCAGCAACACGCUCCUGAUAGUGACGGCUGAUCACUCGCACACCGUCAGCUUCGGCGGUGCCUCCGUCCCCCGUGGCAACCCCAUCCUCGGGUUCGACACGGAGAUCAGUGACCUGGAUGGUAAACCGUACACUACCCUCCUCUACGGCAAUGGUCCCGGCUACGCCCACACCACGCCUACAGGACGCCAGGACCUCACCGGCUUCAACACCCAGGACAUCAACUUCGUGCAGCAGGCAGCAGUUCCUAGGAAGUACGAAACCCACGGUGGAGAGGACGUGCCGGUGUACGCCAUGGGCCCUGGGGCUCACCUUUUCUCGGGCACUGUAGAGCAGACGUACAUCGCCCACGCCAUCGCCCACGCCGCCUGCAUCGCUGAAGACAACAGUCACUGUGAGAAGCCUCCUAGUGACGACGCCUGCGCCGCCGCCCCUGGGCCCGUGCCAGUUCCCACAGCACGCCGCCCACUUGGACAGGUCACGCCCACUGUUGAUGACCAGAAACUACACACUCGGGACCCGUGGGCGUGGAAUGCAGGAACGCGGGCAUGGGCAUGGACAAACUACCAUGUAUUGAGCUUGUUGAUGCUCCCCGUGGUAUUGGUGCUUCGCUGAGCCCUGCUGGGGCGUUAAAGACUCAGGAACGAUCCCCUUCCCCUCCUUCUUCCCCCCUCGCUACGCUUCGCGGAGCACGGUGGGGGGGGAGGAGCAGAGUGCUAGGUUGGGACUACGCCCCACACUCACGCCACCCUCUUGUUAUGGCAGCGACUCUGUUUCACACACACACACACUCCACACACACGUUGUUGACUAUUAGAUAAUAGGUUUUAUCCGAGCCUCAGGUGGAGACACUCAAACUGGUUCCUCAUGUACAGUGACUGUGGUGGUGUGCUGCUGAUGUUGCAACAUUUGAGCGCGUUUUGAUUGCCCUGACUGCCACGCGAGUUUCCGUAACAGAGACGCGUUACAAGGGUCGCGCUGCCCCCAACCUCACACUAAUCAUACUCGAAAGUGUGUGUGCUUGUGCGUGCGCGCGUGCAGGUGGGCGCUGUGGAAGGUGACGAACAUUGGUUUUGUUUUUUUAUAUUUUUGCAUUGGUUUCUACCUCUGUGUUUGGGAGUCGCGGAUCACUGGCUCAGCGUUUGACAAUCAGUGGAUGAAAAGAGAUGGGAAGGAGAGAGGGGGAAGGUAUAGCUGAAUGCUCUGAGGGAAGGGGACACCUGUGGCCACCCUCACACCGCCUGGGCAGACUCGAGCAUUUAUCACCAGCAACGAGAGUUCUUUGCCCAAGCGUUGGUGCUGUGACCGACGCCUCCUUCACCUUAUCACGGUCGAGAUAGCAACUAUUGGUAUGAUUUGAUUUAGAAUAUUACUGGACUAUGUGUAAUGUUGUACUACCUGUGUUUACCCCUAAGUUCCCUGAUGGGUUACAGACACUCUGGAUACCUAAACAUGCUGUAUUAGGCAAGCAGGACCAUAAAUAAACGGAUGCCUUCCUUUGUACUCAAACUCUUGUCACUUAUGUACUUAUUUGCUCCUUUUUGAUGCACUUACAAGAACGACAGAUACAUGUAAAGGAGCUCUCGAAAAUCUUUGGGGACAAUGAUAUUUAUCAAGAUUUAUCACUUGUCUUCUUUGUCAAUAUAUUGAACCAAUUUUAGUCUAGUUUCAUUCAUCAGUAUUUUUUAAUUGCUAAAAAACAGCUGUCUAUCAAUAGAGUGCUGAGCCUAUCAAUAGACAACCGAGUAUCAAUAGGCUGCUCAGCCUAUUAAUAAACCUAUUAGUUUAUCAACAUCCAGUGGAGUCUAUCAAUAGAUUGCUGAACCUAUCAAUAAACAAUUGUUUCUAUCAAUAGACAGCUAAGUCUAUCAAUAGACUGUUGAGUAUCAAUUGACUGCUAAGCCUAUCAAUAGACAUUUCAGUAUCAAUAGGCAAUUGAUUUAUCAAUAAACAACCGAGUCUAUCAAUAAACUAUUGAGUUUUUUAAUAGCCAGUUAAACCUUUUCAUAGACUACUAAUUCUAUCAAUAGACUGGCGAUUCUAUAAAAAUUACAGCUGGGUCUAUGAACAUCGGCAGUUGAUGCUGCUAAGACGAGCAAUUGAACAUCUCUAGCUAGAGUCCAGGAGCAUCUGUAUGUUCCUUUGUAUGAUAUAAUUCCUGUUGUUUCAACACCUCAGAAACAUGCAUGCAAUUAUCAUUAUUAUAUAUUUGUGUGUACAUCACUACCAUAUCAUCUAUGUAUAGAAAAUAAUAACAGCAAAUCAUAUUUAUAUAUGGAACCAUCAUAAGGGAGUAUAAGGGUGUUUGUUACUGAUAACAGAGUUUGAUCACUAUGAUGCUGGUUUGAACAGGACCUCAAGUAUACAGUUACGAUACUACUGUUGAUUAUUGAACUGACAUACAUAACAAUUACUUCAUCAUGGAGAUAAACGAAACUGUGUGUCUGUAACUGUACACACACACACACACACACACACACACACACACACACACACACACCAGAAGACACAAGCAUGAACAAGUUCUAAGUCUUUAGAGAUCAAGUUCCACAGUACAAGGUACUAUGACUCUAAUAUGGUCAAAAGACCUGGCUAAACUGAAUAUUCUUAUCCGUUGCCUCUCAUUUCGUUUCAUGUAACAUAAAACCUGUAAAACAAUCAUGGAGAACAUUGUGUAUUACAGUAUCAAGAUACACUGAAUAAUGAGGUAUAUAGCCAUGUGUACCGAAGGGAAUUCCAAGAUGGGUGUCUUUGGUCAUGUAUACUUCGAGGGAAUUCUAAGAUGGGUGUCUGUGGCCAUGUAUACUUCGAGGGAAUUCUAAGAUGGGUGUCUGUGGCCAUGUAUACUUCGAGGGAAUUCUAAGAUGGGUGUCUGUGGCCAUGUAUACUUCGAGGGAAUUCCAAGAUGGGUGUUUGUGGUCAUGUAUACUCGAGUUUAUAAUCGACAACGUGGGUGUCUGUAUAAACUGGUGUACUUGGGUAACUCGGCCCAUUUUUAACCCAGGCUUGUCCAUUCUGGUGUAAACAGGACCACAAAGUAGCUAUACAAUUGUUUAUGCCCUGCGUGGCCAGUUUAGCAUUAGUCGUUCUGAAGGGGAACGCACAGGAUCAGCAGGAGUACUGGGAAACCCAGUUCUGGAAAGAGCAAGUCCUAGGAGGUUAAGUCCAGGAAGAGAAAGACCUGGGAGACUAAAUCCUGGGAGAUCAAGUCCUUGGAGGUCAAAGGCCCGUGAAAGCAAGUCCCAGGAGGUCAAAGUCCUAUGAGAGCAAGUCCCGGGAGGUCAAAGUCCUGUCAGAAUAAGUCCUAGGAGGUCAAGUCAUGCUUGACCCUUAAUUUUGUUCACCCAAGUCAAUUAUGUUUCCUCGUGUUUUAAGUUUUAGUUUAUCAUUUAGAUGUUCAAGAAUUAUUUAAGGUAUAAGCGGUGGCUGUUUGGAAAAGAAAGCUAGGGUUCUUCAAGCAAAGUAAUGAUAAUAACUUUCUGCUGCAUAAUAUUAUUAUAUACUUUAAGACAAAAAUAUUCAAAUAUAUUAACCACAUUUUAAACAAGAUAAUCAUACAAUUAUAGAAAACUAUUGAAAAUAACUUAUCACAUAUUAAUAUUUAUGAAUAUUUAAUUAGGAGCUUUUAAGAAGGGAAAUUAAUAGAAAAAUUACGCAACAGGAACAGAAAAUGGGAAAUGAGCAAGAAUUUAAGAAUAAGAAAAUUCUAAAAUUAUAUAAUUGUUUACAACUUUUAUAACGUUUUAUGACUGUAUAAGUUUAACCUGCCAUCAAUAUGUCCAGGUUUAUUUGAUUUUGUGAAAAUGCAAUUAUGAGCAAAAUGAAGUCUUAUUAAUGAAACAAAAAACUUACAGAAAGAAAACGAAUCAAUUCAAUGGAAAUAGGAAUUAAACGAGCAUUCUUGGCGCAGCUAGAAUACAAAAUAUUCUUAAGGAUGACUUUAGAUAUAACAUCAUCUAUCAGAACCUCGAGAUACAUAACCACUCUCAGGAAAAACAUACAAUACAAUAUACUUCAUUAUAUCCAAAAGGGUUUACUUACCCCUUACACUGACUUUUAUGCAUUUUUCAUCCCAUUCAGUACCUUUACAUCUUUUUUACAUUUAAAAAAUAUCACAGUCUAUUUAGUAUAUUUAUAUACAAUAUUAUGGUUUACGUGUUCUAGUUGUGAUUAUAUACUAAACUUUAGAACAAAAGUGCUUUGAAUUUAAUCUAAUUAUUUAUAUAUAAGAUGGAUAGGCUAUGGCCAUACUGUGUCUUAUGGGAGGGAUGCGAAUAUCAGCCUUAAUGGAGAGGACCCUAAGGCUGGCUUUCCCUUGUGACACAGUUUUAUUGCAAGGAGAUAGGCUGUUUAAGUAUGAAUUCUUGUACAUAAUAUAUGUGUUGUAUUUAUUUAGAAACUGCUAUAUUUUGUCCUAUAGCAAAUAUAUUUUGUUAAGAUGAAUUAGCUUUUUCAAGGUCGGCUCUAUCACUUAAGCUAACAGCAUUGAGUUCCAAAGUACAAACACUAGAAUCCAUUAUUUUCACUUUCAGUUUAUCAGACAUCACAAGCCACGAGUUUAGUCGACACUGUAACCUUACCACGUUUCAGACUCUGUAGGUACAUUACCCAAUAAACCAGAUAUUGUGA